GAUGGUGAUAAUAAUACAUUCGCACAACCUCCACCAGAGGAGCGUUUCCGAAAUCAGUUAGAGCAAUUGACAAGUAUGGGUUUCACGAAUCGAGAAGCGAACAUUGAAGGUGUGUAUUUGGAGAAAAUUCUGUUGAAUUUGCGAAGUAUUAUUGGAAGUUAUUCGAAGGGUUUAGCACAAUUUUAUUUAGUAGUGUGUUCAAGUUUGAUAAAGGAGGAAAGUAUGUUCUAA